GGACUUGUUCUCCACUCCGCUGGCCGGCCUGCUUUUGUGAUGGCUCUAUCACUGUGAUUAUACAUCAUGGCUGGUAGUGCAAGGAUCAUGUUCAUCCAGAAAAUAAUUAUACUGAAAGCCAGGCUUGUUGGUGAAUAUUUGUAAUCUCAGCACUUGGGAGACAGUCUGGAUGAUUAUGAGUUCAUGGACAGACGCUGAAGAGACUUUUAUUUACUUUUUUUUUAAACGAUAUACCAUCUUUCAUCUCUGAGGAACUAAAAGUUCUUGAUGGUGUGAUCUCAGAGGGAAUUUUGCUCUCUUCCCAAUCCCUAACUCUAAAUCCAAGCACUUUAUAUUUCCUUACUAGAUCCUUAUUAGAAUUUAAAAUAACAUUUAACUAGGUGGGGUAGAGCACACCUGUAACCUUAGCACAUGGGAGGCAGAGGCAGGAAGACUGUGAAUUCAAGGCCAGCCUUGGUGACAUAUUGUGACCCUGUCUCCAAAAAAUAAAUAAAAGCUUUAUAAAAGAGAGAUCAGUCUGUGAUAUGUUGGGAGAAGGUAGCAGGGGCUGCAGGGGAGUUGUAAAGAUGUAGACUUGGGUACCCAGUACCUGGGUUCUCUUCCUGAUGACACCUUCAGGUUCCUUUGCUUUCCUUUGCCAGUAGGACCAGCUGGAAUGCUAUCUGGGCCUAGUCUCAAACACAAGGUGAUUCUCCUGCCCCAGUCUUCUAAGUGCUGGGGUGACAGACACAGACCACCAUGCUGGCCAUACCGCCAUGCUUGUGUUCUCUCUUUCAGCCAAUCCUUGACCCUGCUAUUUUGUUUUUCAGACUUGGCCUAGUAUUUGCAGGGCCAGCGGCCUCCAUCCAAGUGUCAGGCAACCAAGACUGGGGAAAGGAUUGGGAGUCAGUCUCUAGGACAGGCUUACAGACAAGCAGCAUUCUAGCCACUGAGGUAGUUUGAAUGAGAACGGCCUCCAUGUGCUCAGACAUUGAACACUUUAUUUUUUCCCUGAGACAGGGUUUCUUUGUGUAGCCUUGGCUGUCCUGGAACUAACUCUGUAGACCAGGCUGGCCUUAAAGUCCAGGAGAUCUGCCUGCGUCUACCUCCUGAGUGCUGGGAUUAAAGGCGUGAGCUACCACUGUCUAGCACAUAUAUUGAAUACUUGGUGUCCUCACUUAGUGGAACUGUUUGGGAAUGAUUAGGAGGUGUGGCCUUGCUGGAUGAGUUGUGUCACUUGGCAGUGGGCUUUGAGGUUUCAAAAGACUCAUGCUAGAUGGUGGUGGCGCACACCUUUAACCCCAGCAUUUGGGAGGCAGAGGCAGGUAGAUCUCUGUGAGUUCUAGGCCAGCCUGGUCCACAGAGAGUUCCAGGGUAGCCAGGGAUACACAGAGAAACCUUAUUGUGAAAAAAAUAGAAAGAAAGAAAAAGAAAAAAGAAAAGGUAGUCAUGUUCUAACAGCUGUUGACUGAACCUUGAGGGCUUAUAGUGACUGACCCUCUUCUUCCACUGCAUGGAGAAACUUUUCCUUCACAAAGCCUUUCUAAUGCCCACUGUCGCACUUCCACCACCUCCAGCACCCCCAUUCCUGCACCUAACACCAGACUCUUUCCUUCUUGCCACAGCUCCAGCCUCCAGGGACUCGUCUGCCCCGUGAUCAGGGCCUUGCCAGACCCCACUGUGCUUUCCUGCCUCCUAGGACCUUUGUUCUUCCUCCGGUCUGUCCCUCAUCCUCAGGAAGCCGGAAGGAAACACAUCGAGGUGCUGCUUGUGUGUCUUCAGUCUUCUGAAACCCCCUUGCCCCUUCCCUGUAUCUGUUCUGAAGUACAUCUUUGUCUUCCAUUUUUCUCUUGUCCCCCACAUCUAAGCCAAGUGGCUUUUGUCACAAAAGAGCCUUUGAGCGAUGGACAUGGUGGUGUACCUUUAGUCCUAGAACUCAGGAGGCAAAGGCAGGCAGAUCUCUGCAUUCCAGACCAGCCUGAGGUACAUACAAAGUGAGACCCUUUUUCAAAAAAAAAUUUUUUAAGAGGUGUUGGUGGUGAGAUUGCUUAGUGGAUAAAGGCAUCUGCUGCCAAUCCUGGCGAUUUGAGAGUUUGGCCCCUGGAUCUACAUGGUAGAAGGAGAGAACUAACCCCCACAAAUCAUCCUCAGACCUCCACACAUGCCUGCACCUUGGUACAUGUGCACCCCUGCAACACUUACAAAAUAAGUGAAGAUAGGAACAUGGGUCUCUGUGUGUAUGAUCUGAUUCCUGCGGGAAAUGUAACAUGCUCACACAUGUUGCAGUGAGAACAGAAGCUAGGUUAAACUGUCAGUCUGGAGCACUGAGGAGAAUGAAUAAGAAAAGGCUGGUAACUGGGUGUGAAAUAACCAAACUAAAACGGUAAGGGGAGGGAAUGGGUUCUGGGCCAAUGUUUGCAGCCCAGCUUCUCCACAAAGCCCUUGUGGAUUGUGUGCAAGGCACUUAAUAGCCUUGCUUCUAAGGCGGCUAGUCUAACAUUCAUAAUUGCAAGUAAGUUACUUUCAUCUAACAAGCUUCUGCUUAGGAGACUACCUUAGACCACUCCAAAGACAAGGAGCUAAACAUACGGCAGUCAAGAAAGACUGGAGCUGUAUCUCGGUGGCUGUGAUGGAGGUGGCGCUGCCGUAGCAAAGCUACAAGCUGGCCCUGUGGCUGCCGAGUGAUGGAGCAAAAAGAGGUUCCCGAUGGGUUCAGGGAUGAGGCCUGCGGCAAGGAGACUCCAGCUGGCUAUGCCGGCCUCUGCCAGGCACACUACAAAGAAUAUCUUGUGAGCCUCAUCAAUGCCCAUUCGUUGGACCCAGCGACCCUGUACGAAGUGGAGGAGCUGGAGACAGCCACUACACGCUACCUCCAUGUGCAUCCCGAACCAAUGGAUGGAGAGGAUCUUCCUGCCUAUCAGGCUCGAUUGUUACAGAAGCUGACAGAAGAGGUUCCCUUGGGACAGAGUAUUGCCCGCAGGAGGAAGUAGCUGAGGGCAAGGGUCCUGAUGAGGCUUCACCACCCUGGCCUCAGCAGCAGCUCCUUCCGGCACCAAUAAAGAGGCGUCUUAUGGCCUAGGCUUCUUGGUGGUCCUUCUUCCCGGCCUCACCAUCUAGGGGCCUUGGGGAAAGGGAGGGGGUAGGUGAACAGAAUCUUGUUGGAAGGGCCUUCGGCAGCCUACUCUCCCCUCCCGGACUCCUGGCUAGAAGAAAUGAAGUGCUGUGGAUGGAUGGACAAGAGAGACCCUCCACAUCUGAUCAUCUGGUGUCGGCUUCUCUGCUUCCUUUUCCCACUUGACCUAACUCAGCUGCUGUGUAGAUCACCUAAAAUAUAGCAAGCAGACACUUGGGGAGCACAAAAGAGUCUCCAGGUCGGAUCCGGAGACCAGCCUUCUGAGAGGCAGCAGUGUCUCAGGUUCAAGGGAGUCCAAUCUGGGAGGAAGGAGUCUGGCCAGACCCCCCAGGCCCAGGGCCUGCUCUGUUGCUGACACAUUCUCAGAUCUGCUUCCCUCUGGUGGCCAGCGCUUGCCCUGCAACCCAGACCACGUGAUUUCUAGGAACCGCACCUCCCAGCAGGAGAACUGAAACUUAGGGUGGGAACUGUAGAAAGGGGAGGAGAGAUCAGAAACAGCCUAGAACAAGCUGACUGUGGGACCUCCUCGGCAGGCCGCUCAGGAUGGCCUCAGGCAAACCACGCAGCACCCGAAAGCUCCGCAGUUGGAUAAUAGAGCAAUUGGAAAGUGGGCAGUUCCCAGGGGUGUGCUGGGAUGAUGCAGACAAGACCAUGUUCCGGAUUCCCUGGAAGCAUGCAGGCAAGCAAGACUUCCGAGAGGACCAGGAUGCUGCCCUAUUCAAGGCUUGGGCACUGUAUAAGGAAAAGACUAAGGAAGGGGAGCUAGGAAAUGCUGCUGUCUGGAAGACUCGCCUGCGCUGUGCCCUCAACAAGAGUUCUGAAUUUGAAGAGGUUCCUGAGAGAGGCCGUAUGGAUGUUGCUGAACCCUACAAAGUGUAUCGGAUACUGCCACCAGGAACCCUCCCCGCCCAACCAAGAGUCCAGAAAUCACCAUCAAAGCGAUGCAUCAAGUCUGUGUCACCGGAGAGGGAAGAAAGUAAGGAGGAAGGGAGGACCAACUGGAUUGUAAACCACUCAGACAGUGGCUGUGGUGGAAGCAGCAUCGUUGACUGCAGAGGCAGCAGCAGCAGCAGCAGCAGCAGCAGCAGCAGCAGCAGCGGAGGGGGCAGCCCAGAGCCAGAGGAAGGUGCCUGCCUUCAAGAGGAAGCCUCCAUUCAAGAGGACCCAGUGUUCAUGGAGCAUCAGCUUCCUCUGAACUCAGACUACUCACUGCUGCUCACCUUCAUCUACAAUGGCCGUGUGGUGGGUGAGGUCCGGGUGCCCAACCUAGACUGUCGCCUUGUGGCUGAGCCCUUACUCUUGGAGAGUGAGAUGCUGCAGGUGACCUUUCCCAAACCUGAUCCACUGGAGCCUAUCCAGCACCUGCUGAGUCAGCUCGAGAGAGGGAUCCUGGUGGCCAGCAAUUCCAGAGGCCUCUUUGUUCAGCGCCUCUGUCCCAUCCCCAUCUCCUGGAAUGCACCUAAGGCCCCACCUGGGCCUGGUCCACAUCUGCUGCCCAGCAAUAAGUGUGUGGAGCUCUUCAGCACCAACUACUUCUAUAGAGACUUGGCCCAGUACUGCCAGGGCCAGGGCCCCCCACCCAAGUUCCAGGCCACACUGCAUUUCUGGGAGGAGAAGCCUGACUCUAACCACACCCAGGAGAAUCUUAUCACAGUGAGGAUGGAGCAGGCCUUUGCCCGACAUUUGCUGGAGACAGUUCCAGAGGAGCAGAGAGCUGCUUUGUUCCUGGUGCAGAACCCAGAACUCCCAUCUGCUGCUGUAUCACUCCAUUGAAAUGGACUUGUUCUCCACUCCGCUGGCCGGCCUGCUUUUGUGAUGGCUCUAUCACUGUGAUUAUACAUCAUGGCUGGUAGUGCAAGGAUCAUGCUCAUCCAGAAAAUAAUUAUACUGAGAGCCAGGCUUGUUGGUGAAUAUUUGUAAUCUCAGCACUUGGGAGACAGUCUGGAUGAUUAUGAGUUCAUGGACAGACCCUGAAGAGACUUUUAUUUACUUUUUUUUUUUAAACGAUAUACCAUCUUUCAUCUCUGAGGAACUAAAAGUUCUUGAUGGUGUGAUCUCAGAGGGAAUUUUGCUCUCUUCCCAAUCCCUAACUCUAAAUCCAAGCACUUUAUAUUUCCUUACUAGAUCCUUAUUAGAAUUUAAAAUAAAAUUUAACUGGGUGGGGUAGGGCACACCUGUAACCUUGGCACAUGGGAGGCAGAGGCAGGAAGACUGUGAAUUCAAGGCCAGCCUUGGUGACAUAUUGUGACCCUGUCUCCAAAAAAUAAAUAAAAGCUUUAUAAAAGAGA